UCAGCGCCGAGCUGCACGAGCGGAAUGUGUCUGACUCCGGUUACUACUAACAUAAAAACAACGCUGGAGACUCCGAGCCUUGCUUUCACACCCACACGAACUGGAUAAAUCCGAUUCUAAUUCAUAUUUCGGGACAUUUCUCUUUUCUUUUUCCCUUGAGAUUACCACCACCCAGUCAUCCUGGACCUGUUUCGUAAGGAUCUUUUAAAUGUUGGUGAGAAUUUACUGAAUAGUUCCGUCUGGUGAUUGCAGGCACGCUAGCGGUGGUGCUGCCGGUGCUUGAAAGUAGCCUGGAAAUUCCCUCAACGUGGGACGUCCUGUCCGUCAACACUCAUGAAUCUGGCAAGCCCCUGCUCUCUGAAACAUCAUGCCUUGUUGCACUGGCUCCCUUCUCAGGGUUUUAACCAGGAGGAAUCCAUGAUUAGGGUUUGAAGUCAUCACCACUCUGCCUCGCUGCCCUGCUGUCUGCAUCUUGAGACACGUCCCUCCACACCAUCACUCUACAGCACCAAACCCUCCACAGCCUCUCAUCCUUUAACUGCCACCAUGAAGACAAGCACCGUCUUCUUCACAGUGUUUGGAGUCUUUCUUCUCGGCAGCCAAACAGAAGGUGGCCAGAAUCCAGACUACGUGCUCCAUGGCACAGGAGUAAAACAUGGAGAGCCAAAGAAAUCUCAGGCUGAGGACGGCUCCACCGUGGCUCCAGAAGACGCUGCCCGAUUCCUCAGCUGUUACUGCUCAGGCCACUGCCCAGAGGACGCCACCAACAACACCUGCGAGACCAACGGGCAGUGCUUUGCCAUCAUCGAGGAAGACGAGCACGGUGAAGCUGUCCUCACUUCCGGCUGUAUGAAAUAUGAAGGCUCUCACUUCCAGUGCAAGGAUUCUCCAAACGCUCAGACGAGGAGGACGAUCGAGUGUUGUUCCACAGACUUCUGUAACCGAGACCUGCAGCCUACUCUUCCACCUCCUGAUAUCCAAAACCCCUUGUUUGUGAAUGCCCACUGGCUGGCCUUCCUGAUCUCUGUCACUGUGUGCUGCUUCACACUCAUCGCAGUUACCAUUGUGUGCUACUACAGGUAUAAGCUGCAGACAGAGAGGAGACGCUAUCAGAGAGACCUGGAGCAGGAUGAAGCUUUCAUUCCUGCUGGAGAGUCUCUCAAAGACCUGAUCAGCCAGUCGAGCACCGGCUCAGGCUCAGGCCUCCCCCUGCUGGUGCAGCGCACUAUUGCUAAACAGAUCCAGAUGGUGCGUCAGAUUGGGAAGGGGCGCUAUGGCGAGGUGUGGCUCGGACGCUGGAGAGGAGAGAAAGUGGCAGUAAAGGUGUUUUUCACCCGCGAGGAGACCAGCUGGUUCAGAGAGACGGAAAUCUACCAGACUGUACUGAUGAGACAUGAGAACAUUCUUGGAUUUAUUGCAGCUGACAUCAAGGGCACAGGAGCCUUCACACAGCUCUUCCUCAUCACAGACUACCAUGAGAAUGGCUCUCUUUAUGACUACCUGAAGUUCACCACCCUGGACACUCAGGCUCUGCUGAAGCUGGCCUACUCUGCAGCUUGCGGUCUGUGCCACCUCCAUACUGAGAUCUACGGCACACAAGGCAAACCAGCCAUCGCUCACCGAGACCUGAAGAGCAAGAACAUCCUUAUCAAGAAGAACGGAACUUGCUGCAUCGCUGAUCUGGGUCUGGCUGUUAAAUACAACAGUGACACUAACGAGGUGGACGUUCCUCUGAGUACACGGAUGGGAACACGGAGGUAUAUGGCCCCUGAGGUUUUGGACGAGACGAUGAAUAAGAAUCAAUUCCAGGCAUACAUCAUGGCAGACAUCUACAGUUAUGGUCUGGUGGUUUGGGAGAUGGCUCGGCGGUGUGUCACAGGAGGCAUUGUGGAGGAGUACCAGUUACCGUACUGGGAUGCAGUUCCUUCGGAUCCAUCUUAUGAGGACAUGAGGGAAGUGGUUUGUGUAAAGGGCAUGCGUCCUACAGUCUCCAAUCGCUGGAACAGUGACGAGUGUCUCAGAGCCAUGCUGAAGCUGAUGUCCGAGUGCUGGGCUCAUAACCCGGCCUCUCGCCUCACCGCUCUGAGAAUAAAGAAGACACUUGCCAAAAUGGUGGAAUCACAAGACAUCAAAAUUUGAGAAGUAACAUUACUGCACAUUACACGGUGUGCUUCAGAGACAGACAGAGUUGGAAAUGUGAACUCCUUUGAAACAGGAAUUGAGUUCCCAAACAUACAUGUGAAGCAGAGUGCUACAGAGCAGAGCGCUUCUCCUUCACUGAAAUCCCGCAGUGUCCCUGUAGCACCUUCUGCUGGAUCGGGAGUGCCAUGUCACCACCACAAAGAACUUCAGACAGACCUAGUGGGGAGGCUUUUUUUUUUUUUUUUUUACCCCCCGCUGUAUCUACACACUAACUCAAAGUAGAGUGAUCAAGCUGCAUCCC